AAGCCUCUCUCGUCUCUUCUCUUACCCUGGGUUUAGGGUUUUUCAGUUUUCAUAGUCUCUGAUUGAGGAGAAGGGGAAGAGAGAGAAGGAGAAAGAGAAGAGAGGAGUUUGCAGCCGCUGCACCAGAAAACCGGAGGAUAUGUCUGAUAGCGAAGGAUAUGACUCGGAUGAUUAUCCAUCAAUCAGAGGCUCAGAAUCAGAAGAUGAAGAGAGUGGUUCCUCUGGAAAUGAGGACGUUCUCAACACAAGCAACAAUGAUCAUGGUAAUGAUGACGAAAGUGAUAGUUCUGAACUUCAUGAAGGAGUUGAGGAGAGUGAUUCCUCUGAAGAUGAGGUGGUUCCUCGAAAUACAGUUGGUGAUGUCCCCUUGGAGUGGUAUCGGGAUGAGAAACAUAUUGGUUAUGACAUUACAGGGAAGAAGAUAAAGAAGAAGGAAAAAGAAGAUAAAUUGCAAUCCUUUCUUGCUAGUGCCGAUGAUUCAAAGAACUGGCGCAAAAUUUAUGAUGAAUAUAAUGAUGAGGAUGUAGAACUCACGAAAGAAGAUAUCAAAUCUAUAAGUAGAUUGCUCAAAGGAAAGGCUCCGCAUCGUGACUUUGAUCCUUAUGCGCCAUAUGUUGAUUGGUUUAAAUGGGACGACUCCAAGCAUCCACUGUCAAAUGCACCUGAACCCAAGAGACGAUUCAUUCCUUCAAAAUCUGAAAGUAAACUGGUUAAUAAGAUCAAGUUGGCCAUUCGUAAGGGUUUAAUUAAGCCUAAAAAGUCCAAAGAGGAGGAAGAAGAAGAAGAAAGUGUUUAUCCCUUGUGGGGAGAUGACUCUAAUUCAACGGGAAAGAACGAUCAUCUAUCUUACAUUCCUGCACCAAAACCAAAAUUGCCUGGUCAUGAGGAGUCCUUCAAUCCUUCUUUAGAAUACAUCCCAACACAAGAAGAGAUCAAUUCUUAUCAGUUAAUGUACGAGGAAGACCGUCCUAAAUUUAUUCCUAAAAGGUUUACAUCUAUGAGAAGCAUCCCUGCAUAUGAGAAUGCUGUUAAGGAAUGCUUUGAAAGAUGUUUGGAUCUAUAUUUGUGCCCCAGAGUCCGGAAAAAACGGCUCAAUAUCGAUCCUGAGUCUCUGAAGCCCAAGCUACCAAACCGAAAUGAUCUCAAGCCUUACCCUGUAUCAUGUUAUCUUGAGUAUAGAGGUCACGAAGAUGCAGUUACAUCAAUUUCUGUAGAAGCUUCAGGGCAGUGGAUUGCAUCAGGUUCAUUGGAUGGAACCGUGCGUAUUUGGGAGGUUGAAACUGGUAGAUGUCUAAAACACUGGAAGAUUGAUGAAGCCGUCAAAUAUGUUUCUUGGAAUCCUAAUCCCGAGCAUUCUAUACUGGCUGUCUCUGCGGGACAAGACGUACUUCUUUUGAACACUGGUUGUGGGAAUGAAGAAGUACAGAAAAGUACUAAAGAACUUCUCUCUGUUGAGAUGCCUAUGCCAGAUGACUCUGGCAAAACAGCAUCCAGUGUAAGCUGGCUUCAAGAUGAUAAACUCGAGGGAAUCAGGUUAAGGCACUCCAAGACCGUGACUUCAGUAGAAUGGCAUCGUAAAGGAGACUACUUUUCGACAGUGAUGCCAGCGGGUGAAUCAAGAGCUAUUUUUAUACACAAGCUCUCUAAGAAGUUUACCCAGACACUUUCAUUCAAGUUGCAAGGGCCUGCAGUUACUUCGGUUUUUCAUCCUACACGUUCCUUCUUCUUCAUUUCAACAAAGAAGAUUAUUCGUGUUUACGAUCUGGUGAAGGAGGGAAAGCUUGUCAAAAAACUUGAGACUGGACUACGUGAAAUCUCCUCUAUGGCAGUUCAUCCUUCUGGUGAUCAUAUAAUUGUGGGGAGUGGAGAAGGAAAACUAUGUUGGUUCGACAUGGACCUUUCAUCUAAACCCUACAAAACUCUCAAGUUGCAUCAGAAGGACAUCAACAAUGUGUCUUUCCAUCGCUCGUACCCUCUGUUUGCAACAUGCUCAGAUGAUUGCACCGCAUAUGUUUUCCAUGGCAUGGUUUAUUCAGAUCUUAACCAGAACCCUCUUAUUGUUCCAUUGGAAAUACUCCGAGGUCAUUCGAGCACAAAUGGGAGAGGUGUAAUGGACUGUAAAUUCCAUCCAAGGCAGCCAUGGUUGUUCACUGCGGGUGCAGACUCAGUGGUUAGACUGUAUUGCCAUUGAGAGGAAAAGAAAGCAAACCGCCUUUACCGGAUCAUACUGCAAGCUAUGGAUAUCACUAAUCAGGCCUGAAUUUUCUGUGCUAUAAAUUGUUGUAUGUAUCAUGUGUUUACUGGAAUGGUCCGGUCAUAAUUUUGACAGUGUACAACUAUUUCAUUUCUGUUAACCUUGCUAUUUAAUUCAUAUUCCAUUCGUAUUUUAUUGA